AUGAAAAAAAAUAAUUUUAGUUAAUAGUGUAUAGAGAAUGCAUCUUAUGUACCAGAUACCUUAAGAUUAAAUGUUAAAUCUGAGUGUUAAUCUUUUUUUAAAUAAUUGAACAAACUCUAAGAUGAAUAUAAAAAUAAUAUGAGAAUUUAUAAUGGCCCAGAUUACUUGCUUAAAACUGAUUAACAUAGAGGAGAAGGAAUAAGAUUAUUAUUAUAAAGUCAAAUAGAAAAUAUUACCGAAGUUUAUUAAAAUGGUGAGUUGUGUGGAAAUAUCAGUGAGAAGAUUAUAGCUUAGAAAUACAUUAAUUAACCAUUUUUAUAUAAAGGACAUAAAAUAGAAUUUAGAAUGUAUAUAUAUUUAGCAAGCAGCAAACCUUUAUAACUAUAUAUGUAUAAAAGAGCUUUAAUUAAAAAAUGUGCAAAUGAAUAUAAUCCAUUAUCAGAAUAAAUACCUGCACAUAUAUGUAAUACUGCAAUUACAGAGAAAAGUCAUAAGAAUUAAAGUAAUAGUGCAGAAAGUUAAGAAGAAGAUGAAGAAAUGUUUAUUGAUUGGAAUUUAGAAGGAAUUGAAGAAUUAUUAAAAGAAUAAGGUAGAAUACCUAAAAAAUCAAAUUGGCUUUAAGAAUAUCUUUAUCCAAGAAUUUAUGUUAAAAUAAUUCAUACAAUAAGGAGUGGAUAAUAUUCAUUUUAUUAAGACUCUAGAUUUUGUGAGUUUUUAGCAAUUGAUUUCUUACUUGAUAAUGAUUUAGAUAUAUGGUUAUUGGAAAUCAAUUAUAAUCCUUAAAUAUUAAGUGUAACACCUGAUAGAAUCAAAAGAAACUAUAAAAUGAUUGAAGAUACAAUGGAAAUUGCAUUUGCAUAUUUGAAAUCUAAAUAUAAAAGGAUAAAGACAUUUUUAGAGGAAGAAUUAAUGAAAUAUUAAUACACUGGAAAUAGAAUUAGGCAGGUCGAUUUUAGAAAUCAAUUUGGAAAAUAGUUUAAUUAAUUAUUAGAUGAUUUAUCAAUUGAUUAAGAAUUCAGUUUAUCUAAAGAUAACUUAUAUGCUCACAUAAUAGAUGAAAGUAAAUAAGGAAGUGAAAAAUACUUUAAUUUGAUAGAUCCUGAAUGUAUUUGA